UUAAUAAAUAGGAUCAAGGACAGGAUCGGACCGGUGACCGGGGCACAGUGGUGGUAUUACCUUAUAAGUCACACAAGAAUCGACUUUCUUAAUUAUUUACCAUGACAAAUACAUCCUCAAAUUCAUGCCUGGAAUAUCUUCUAUCACCAUCUUCUAUUUCAAGUCUUGUGGAAUCAUGGCUUAAAGAAGAUAUCCCCAGUUUCGAUUAUGGAGGAAUUGUUGUGGGAGAAAAGGAAGAGACAGCGGUACUCUUGUGCAAGUCACCCGGAGUUCUGGCGGGGGUUCCGUUCUUCAACGCGGUGUUUAAGGCAGUUGACUGCGAGGUGCAUUGGCAGACAAAAGAAGGGGCUUUUUUGGAACCAAUCUUUCUAGCGGCUAUUGUGAAAGGCAAAGCUCGGAAUAUUCUCAUGGGUGAAAGAUCUGCUUUGAAUUGUAUAGCAAGGGCCAGUGGGGUAGCAACUUUGGCAAGAAAUCUGAGAAAUCUAGCUGAUAAAUCAGAUUGGAAAGGCCGUGUUGCUGGGACUCGCAAGACAACCCCAGGAUUUAGGAUGGUUGAGAAAUAUGCUUUAUUGGUGGGUGGGGCUGAUACCCAUAGAUACGACUUAUCAUCUAUGAUCAUGCUGAAGGAUAAUCAUAUAUGGUCUGCUGGAAGUAUAACACAGGCUGUGAAAAAUGCAAGAAAAGCUGGAGGAUUCUCAAUCAAGAUUGAAGUGGAAUGUCGGAGUCUGGAGGAAGCCAGAGAGGCAGCGUCAGCAGGGGCCGAGAUCAUCAUGCUGGAUAAUUUUGCACCAGAGGCAGCAGCAUCGGCAGCCAGGCAACUCAAGACAGAAUUCCCUCAUCUUCUGCUCGAGGCAAGUGGCGGGAUCACAGAAGAAUCCCUCCCAACAUUCUGCAUCCCAGACAUCGAUGUUAUUUCGACCAGCAGACUCACCCAAGGUUAUCCUGUGGUAGACUUCUCCUUGAAGAUUAGAAAAGAAGGCCAUGAUCCAAGAAAUCCAUUGGUGCAAAGUUAACCCAAAUGAAAAGUUGACUUAUUAAGAAAAUAAAAACACAGGGAAAACUGAAAUUAACUUGCACAAAUAGUUAGAAAGUUGAGAGUUUUUCAGUCUUUCAAAAUCUUAUAGGGAUUUCAAAUUGGCUGCAUAGGUAAUUAAAAUAUAAUAUUUUGAUUUCCUUCCAAAGGGUCAAGAUGCCUGGGAGAUAAAACCAAAAUUAUGAUGAUUUAUUUUAAUUCAUAAUGAAUAUUCAAUGUUUCAACUUAUAUCAAUUUCAUAAUGACGGAGCUCUUUCAUUAAUGAAACCAAAUAUAGUCAAAUCAUGGUGAUUUAUAUUCACAUAUUUGUAAACUCAAAUUCUACAUAAAAUAUGGAAAAAUAUGAAAAUGUUCAUUUUUAUCUUUAGAAAAAAAAAAGAAUAUAAAAGAUAAAGUGUUUGACAUCAUUAGCUCUCUCAAUUUGCAGAAGGCCAGUCAUGAGAAUUUUUUUUUGAAAUGAAGCAAAACCUAUUCAUGUCUCUUAUUAUUCAUCAAAUUUUUAUGAAAUUUUUAGGGUUAGCUUUUUUUGUGUUAUUUGAUCUUGCAUGAGCUUUUUGCUGGGAUAGACUUAUAAGGUUCAUCAAGCUAAGUAGUGAAAGCUAAAUAAUAUAAAUUUACAUGAAACUGAUUAAAAAUUCACAUUACAACUUGACUGUCAAUGCAAGAGAUUAAUGAUAUUCAACUCAGGUUUUCUUGCUUCUUUUCAAUGUUUUUUUUUCAAUUCAA